ACUCUUGCUUGGGGCACAGAGAUAGAUUUGGGGCCAGGUUUGGUUUUAAAAAGUCCUUUUGAGGAAAAAUAUAUUUUUCUGCCCUUUUUAAUAUUUCUUCUCUGGGCUAACUUUCAUCACUUGUAUUGAUCCAUGACUAACCAAGUUCUAAGUUCACAUGACCAAUAAAUUAAAAAAGCCUCAGUCAAGAUAAAAGUAAAAUUUAGCAUGUUGCAGCUGUACAGGUGCUAGAUAUAGAAGUGAGCUUCUCAAACCAAUUGUGUCAAUACAUUGUUGGUAACAAGAGUAAUUAGUGACAAGAGAUAGGGAGGGGCGAGGCUGGCCCUCUUCUGUUGUUCUUUUGUCACUAUUACCUGUAAAGGAAAAGUGAGCAAAAAUUGCUCACAUAUGAGAGCUUGGCAUUCCUCUAGUACUCUAGUAGUAGCUUUGGAUGGAUGCCCACAAUUUAAGCCUCAGAAAUGUCCUACAUGGAAGGUUUUACAAAUCUAUCAAAGCUUGGGUUGAAAGCUCUGUUGGCUUUUUCACACUAUGCUUGCUUGGGCCUCAGGAGAAGAUUGAAAUCCUGUUAUUGUCCCUAAAGCUCUAUCAUUCUUCACAUGCUCAGAAGCACCCUUUUCCUGUCGUUUUACACCUGAUCUUGAUGCAGCUGGAAAAUGGGUGCUAGCAAAUACUUGGUUUCUCUCCACUCUUCUCUUUCACGGCACCCGAUUACUCCCACCAUCUCCUCCCCGCGCCACCCCCACCUCCCAAUUCCGUUUCCAUCCCUCCAGGCGCUUGGUGUCGAUAGGAGAAGAGCGAGCAAGAGACCCCGGGGGAGAGAAAUGGAGGCGGACUGCCAAGGGAUGUUUUCAGGGCUGGGACUAGGUGCCCCCCUCCCCUUCCCUUGGCUUCGUCAGACCCAGAAGGAAACGAAUCUCGUGCCACCGAGCCGGACUGGCUGUGAUCGCCCCUCGCGAGUUGAAGCAGCUGGGGAGGCGGCGCGGUGCGGCUCGGCCAAAGAGAAGGCGGCGACCCUGGGCGGGCCGUCGCCGCCCCUCCUUCUCCUUCACCCACCACCGCCACUGCCGCCGACCUGACGGUGUUGCCAUCACUGCAGCGGGGGGGGGGGCUGCCAUUGCCAUCGCUUCUUCAUUCUCCGUUCCUCGCUUUCUGCAGCUCUCGGGUCGCGUCGCCGUUCAGCUACCCAGGCAGCUGCAGGCGGGCGAGAGGACGAUGCGGGCGGUCCUUGCCCUGCUCGCUCUAAUCGCCAGCCUGCUCCUCUUCUUGUGCUUGGCGCGGCUCCCGGCCGACGGCGCCGGGGGCGCAAGUGGCUGGGAGCAGGAGGGCAGAGCUGCAACGGACUUCACCCCCAAAAUGAUGAGGUACCUCCGGUCCCCCGCGCAUGUCCACCUGGCUGCUCCGUUGGUCCCCAACAGAGCAAUUCCUAAUCCAGCCAGAGUGCAGAAAUCUGAGCAAGCCUCCAAAUGCAAGGAUAUAUGGAGUAACAAUUGGUCAUCGUCAAUCAAGAAGAAAAGAUAUUCUGAAGAUUAUUAUUUGCAAAUAGUUGAUAAAUUACAGAACUGUACCUGGAAUAGAAGGCCACAAGAAUAUGCCAAAUUCAGGGCAGAGCUUGCUUCAUGCUGUGAUGCUGUGCAUAAUUUUAUUGCUUCUCAAAAUAAUACCCCAUUGGGAAGCAACAUGACUUAUGAAGUGGACAAUAAAAAAACCAUCCAUAUUACAGAAGACAUAUUUCAGAUGUUGCCAGAGUCUCAGCCUCUGGAUUUUCCUUUCAAGCAGUGUGCAGUUGUUGGAAAUGGAGGAAAUCUCAAGAGUUCUAAUUGUGGAGCUGAAAUUGAUAAAUCUGACUUUGUGUUUAGGUGCAACCUUCCCCCGACCAGUGGAAAUGUCAGUCAGGAUGUUGGCAAUAAGACAAACCUUGUAACUAUUAACCCAAGCAUUAUAGCUCAGAAAUAUAACAGACUGAAUGAUCAGAAGGCCACCUUCCUGGAAAACAUUGCAAGUUAUGGAGAAGCUUUCCUUUUGCUACCUGCUUUUUCCUUUAGAAGCAACACAGCAGCAUCUUUCAAAGUACAUCACACCCUGAAAGAGUUCAGUGCGAAGCAGAAGGCCAUAUUUUUCUAUCCAAGGUAUCUCAAAAGUCUUGCUCAAUUCUGGAGAACUAAGGGUGUCAAAGCCUAUCGGCUGUCUUCUGGCUUCAUGAUCACCAGUGCAGCAGUGGAACUCUGUGAGAAUGUGAAGCUGUAUGGGUUUUGGCCUUUCUCCAAAAGCAUAGCAGGCGUCCCCAUAAGUCAUCACUACUAUGAUAACCAACUUCCAAAACCUGGUUUCCAUGCCAUGCCCAAAGAGUAUAACCAGAUUCUCCAGCUCCAUGGAAGAGGUAUCCUAAAGUUGCAGUUUGGCAAAUGUUUGACAGUGUAGCCCAAGGUAUGUUUUUGCUUCAGAAUGGAGGGCACUGUCUAUUUUGGUAGAGGGGAGAGGUAAAGGGGAAUUUAUGAUGGCCAAUGCCAGAAGAGAUGGAUGCUGGAGCUCAAACUGGGUUGUAAAACCUCUUUUCUCUCUCUCAUUCUAAUGCUUCUUUUUCUUUUCCCUUGGUUUAUAACAUCCCCUUCUCUGAUUCUUCUAUUUUACCCACUCAUUGACAUUUCCCACAAUUAUUGUCUAUAAAGGGCUUUUGAAAUGAGGACACCUGCACAGAAUUACGGUGAGAAUCAGAAGGUGCAUUAGGAUUGUAGAUUUGUCAUUUUUAGUUUCAAUAAAAGAGAAUAUUUAUAGCUCAGGGUUGAACUGUGGAGUGCUCUGAGUUUGGUUGUUUUCUUACAGAUAUUUCAUUAGCCAACUAAAUAAAAUCAUUGGUGACUCACAUUGGUGAAGUUAUCUAGGUGGGUAAUGAAAUGUUUGCAUGCAAACAAUCAGGCUUGGAGAGCACUAAGAAUUCCACAUCUUUAUUUUAUUUGUGUAUCUAAUAAUUAAUUAAGCAGCAAUGGUUUCAUGUUUUAUAGCUGGGAAGACAAUUUGUAGUCCAUAAUCACAUACUUUCUUCAAAAUCAGACCUCUAUAAUUGAGGUCAGCUACAUACUUUAUUGUUGGAGAUAAUAUAUGCAUAAAAUUUGUUUAAAAAAAGGCCUAAAAUAUUUUAAUAUGGCUUUAAGUUUUUUAAUGCCAUCUAAAAAUCAGGGAAAAACAGAAAAUCUUGGGAGAGAAAUAAAUGUUGCUAAAUCAGAAUUAUUCUAUUAAAUACAUCCUUGUUCCCUACAAAAAUCACCAAGCACAUAAAUUAAAGUUUAUUUCAUCAUAUAUCCAAAAACAUGCACAAUUUAUGCAAAGAUCUUUUAAAAAAACAAUAUUUUACAGACUUACAUAUGAACUAACCACAGAUUUGAUAGUAGGGGAGAUGCUAGCUUAGAAUGAACAAUGUUCUGCAUUUUUUAAAUCUUUAGGCUAAAAGAGAAGCUGUAUAGCUUUUUAUUGAGUUUUCCAAGGAAAAUAAUGUUUUGGUGAUAUUCUCUUUGUAUUUAUUUUAUAAGAGAUUUCAAGGAACCCUAUCUUUCAUUGGACAAUUAUUUUUCCAUUGAUAUUCAGCCUCCUUCUCUUUGUUGAAACCCAAGAUAAAAUGUCAUGACACAGAGAUGCACUGUAAUCUGUUGUUGGAUUUGAUCAAAUCUGAAAUGAUUAAUUUUUGCAAAUAUAACUACAAAGUAUUUUGUACUUAAGUAUGACUAUCUAAAAGCAAAUGUGUGCCGUUUUAAAUGGUUGUAAUUUAUCUUUUUACAUAGAUUACAUUUUCAAAGCUCACAAUGUUGACUAUCACUAAGAAGACACAAUCUCAGGAUGAAAGUGGUGUUUAUGUAGCUCUUGCAUUCUUAUAAAUGUAUUUAUUGUUUUCUUAAUGCAACCUAAAAUGGUAGAGCACUGUCUGUCUAGGAUCUUGGAAUAUUACUGAACAUUUUCCAGUGUGCAAAGAGUUAUGUCCAAAUGUAAGCCCUCUUCUGCAUUAUGCCAUUGCUUUAUUGUUUUUGUUACUUGUGGAAAUGCAAUGUAGCAUUCAGUUUAUUUCUGUGAAGAAUUGAAUUGCCAAAAAAUUCCUCUGCAAUCUCUUCACACCAGUGUGCAGAUAAUAUGUACAGAAUCUUCUGCAUAUUUGUCUUAUCCAUCUCUUCUACAGAAUCUUUUUUUCUGCUCAUUAAAAUAAUAGCAACUGAGAGCAGGCAAGAGAUUUUAAAAAAUAUUCCAACAUGCCUUAUAAAAUCAAAUACUCCGAGAAUUAACAAUCCCUGUCUCAUUCUCCAAUCAUAAUAUCAAAAAAUAAAUAUUCCCAUAUUUUGUAACAAGGAUAAAAUUAUACUUUUAAGUGUUAACAGUAAAGAAUGGAAUACAUGAAGUCAGAGUAAGAAAAAGAAUUGCUUUCAGGGAAUAGUGACUGUCUGCUUUGCACAUCCAUUUUCUAAUUUUGUACGGGCAGACAAUCUCUUUCUAAUUGAUGCAUGUUUUACAGAUAAUCAUCUGAAUUUUGAUAUUUAAUUCUUAAUGCGUGUUUCAUUAAAAUACUAUUAGAAUUAAAUUAUUAAUGAGUCCUGAUUAAAUUUUCUUUUCUUAACAACAUGGAAUAAGAGAGAACAAGUUACAUUGUGCAUUCUAAUAAAAAAUUGGGAUAAGCCUCUCGGGCAACAUUUUCAGACCAUUGAUGGCAUUUCAUUAACCAAAUGAGGCACUUGUCCACAAAAAUUGGAUAAAUAAAUAACUUUUGGGAUUGACUUUCCCCAGAGAUAAAAGACAGAGCAAAUACUCUACUGGAUAUAGGCAUUUUCAGAACACUGAAAAUCUGUUUAAAUUUGGCCAUUUAUUGAAUUCUGUCACAGUCAGUCUAUAUAUGAAAAUCAUAUCUAAUUUUGCUAAUUCAGUCUCUCUCAGAUAGAUAUUCCAUAGUCAACAGAAAAGCAGGAAUAGGUCCAGCUGCCUUUUGCAUAUGUUUCUAGUCAUGUGCAUAAAAAUACCACUAGCAGAAUACAGAGUAACAGAGUUGGAAGAAACCUUAGAUGUCUUGUAGUCCAACUAUGUGACCAAACAGGAGACCUCAUAUCAUUCCAGACAAAUGGCUGUCUAAUUUCUUAAAAACCUCCAGUAGUGGGGCCCCACAACUUCUGAAGGCAAAUUGUUUUCACUAUCAGGAAAAUUUCUCCUUAGUUCUAGGUUGGAUCUC